AAUUCGAGGGGUUCAAUUCAACAGCUAGAGCGUCUUCGCUGUUAUCAAAGUGUGAUGAGCUUCAGUACAGCCGUUUUGUUUGGAGCCAAGCUGGAUGGAGAAGGAUACGACUACGUCGGUAUCGGGCCAGAUGAAGACUCAUUUAUCCUUGGCAUUUCGCCCUUGUCUACGAUCGAUGCCUGCUUGCGCUUUUCAAAGAACUGCGCGUAUUGCCAAUUUCACGCCGAUGCUACUUUCAAGGUUAAUGACACUGGGUAUCCCGUAAUCACGUGCGGGUUUACAGACAAGGCGAGGGCGUACCAAGUGGGAGCAUUCUUUGUCGUAAGUCGAAGGACAGUGCACGAAUACACCGAGUGCUUUCGAGGCUUUGUGGGCUUCGUACUUGAUCACCGAGGCGCUACCCCACAAGUCAGCGUCGUUAUGGGGGAUGCAGAAGAUCCGCAGUAUAGCGCUUUCGGGUCGUUACCAACCUUUUCCGGUGCUAAGAUGCUAAUGUGCUUCUUCCACGUUUUAAAGAAUAUGCGAAAAGGAGUUCAGCAUCUUCCAAUCAAGGACAGGAUGCAAGUCAUGACGUCGAUUGUUGAGAUGCUUCAUGGAAGCGUAUGA